CAUUUGAUCCAAGUGUUGAACCAGAGAGAGAAUGGAAAACAUGCAGGAUACCGACCCUUGAAGACUGACUUUGAACACAUGAGACCCUAGAAGGCUCGUAGAGAAGAACAGCUGCAGGAAACCACGAAGCUGAGACAGACGAACCGGGACAGUGAGACGGAGACUGAUCAGGACUAAGUUGUGGAAAAUGUCCUGGUUUGAGUUUUGGAGCAGCAGGCUGCAACGAGCUGAGCAUCUGAUGAAAACACAGCAGCUGACCCCCUCCCAGAGAAACCAGUUACAUGGCAACCACGAAGUUCGGAUGGAGCUACAAAACCAGAGGAUGACAUCUCUGCUGCCCCCUGUUGGUGUGGAGGUCUUCAGGCGCUUUACGCCAGCCUCGUUGGAAGAGAUCCAACAAGAAGCUGAGAAGAACAAAAAGGUACAGAAACCAGAGAAAGACCAGAGCAAACCAGCCAGUCACCUGCAGGCGGGGAAACCUCUCCCUUUUAUUUACCGGGCCCCGUCCCCAGAGCUUCUCAGCACACCUCUGGAAGAUCUGGAUCCGUUCUACCAAUCACAGAAGACCUUCAUCGUCAUCUGUAAAAAGAAGCUCAUCCACAGGUUUGAUGCUGAUCCAGCCUGUUACCUGCUCAGCCCAUUCAACUGUUUGAGAUCCUCCGCCAUCAGGAUCCUCCUUCACCCUAUAUUCAGCGUCCUCUUCAUCCUGACGAUUCUGACCAAUUGUAUUUUAAUGACAAUGCCUCACAUGUUGUGGACCAGAGACGUGGAGUAUGUGUUCAUGAUUAUCUACAUUGGUGAGGUCAUCCUGAAGCUUUUGUCACGAGGAGUCUGCUUUGGACGGUUCACCUUCCUCAGAGAUCCCUGGAACUGGCUGGAUGUCCUCAACAUCAUAUCAUCUGUUAUCGCGAUGUCUGUUGGUUUGAGGGAGUUUGCUGCUUUGAAAACGAUUUCUCGUGUGUUGAAGCUCUUCAGCUACAUGCCAGGUCCGAAGAAGACAGCUGAAAGGCUUGUGCAGUCGUUGAAGUGGCUGGCUAUUGCCAUGGUCCUGAUGGUGUUCGUCCUGAGUAUCUUAGCUCUGAUUGGCACGCAGUUUUUCAUGGGUGUCCUCAAGCAUAAAUGUGUCAUUUCUUCUCCAUCGGGAAGGAUGGACACACCGACCACUGAGCAACCUGAGUACUUCGUCACUCACAACGAGACAAUUCAUUUCUAUGACAACUUUGUUUUCGAGGAUUAUAUCAACAAAGUAGAAAACCUUUAUUUCAUGCCUGGUCAGUCUGACCCUAUGCUGUGUGGGAAUUCCUCAGAUUCUAGACGCUGUCCGAGGGGUUUCACCUGCAUGAAGACAGGGAGGAACCCAGAGUAUGGAUUUACCAGCUUUGACACGUUCAGUUGGUCUCUGCUGGCUGUGGUCAGGAUCGCAAUGCAGGACCUUUCGGACGUCCUGCUGCAGCUGACAUUGCAAGCAGCAGGUAAAGCCUAUAUGAGUGUGUUUGUGCUCGUCUUCUUCCCUGGAUGUUUCCUGGUGGUCAGCCUCUUUGUGGCAGUGGUUGCCAUAGCGCUGGUGAAACAGGAAAAGGCUGAGGCUGCUGAGGCCAAGAAGACAGAAGAAGAGUUUAGCUGGAUUGUGAAGGUGCUGAAGAAGAGAGAGGACAGUGAGGUCACUGGUGAGACGGAGCUCCUGGAAGAACAUGACUCAGCACAGAAGAAGAAACCAGCAGCAAGGACUCUACAUCAGGAGAACGUCACUGUGGAAGAUACUAAGGAUGAGGUUCAGCCUUCCUGUUGCUCCUGCACUGACAGAAUCCUGCAGGGCGAAUGCUGCAUCUGCUCUCAGUGGCUCAAACUGAAGCUCCGCCCUUUUGUCCUGAGUCAGUUCUUUGAUCUGGGAAUUAUUAUUUGCAUCAUCAUCAACACUAUCUUCAUGGCCAUGGACCAUCAUGAAAUGAGGCCGAAAUUUGGAAAGAAGCUGGCUAAUUCGAAUGUAGUCUUCACUGCGAUCUUCACAGCAGAACUUCUCCUCAAAGUUCUGGCUCUGGGCAUUAAAGGCUACUUCAAGGUGAGCUGGCACAUCUUUGACUUCAUCGUCAUCAUCCUCAGUCUGUUGGAUCUUUGUCUGGCUAACGUCAAGGGUCUGUCUCUGUUGCGCUCAGUGAGAUUGUUGCGACCACUGAGAUUGGGUCGUUGGUGGUCCGACUUGGGCAUACUGAUGAAGAUGACCUGGUUUUCAGUGGGAAACCUCAGUGUGGUUCUGGUCUUUGUGGUCUUCAUGUUUGCCGUGGUCGGCACACAGCUCUUUCAGCAGAACUAUCAAGAUCAUGAAGAAAAUGUCUGCAUGUUCUCCUCCCGCUGCAAGCUUCCACGCUGGCACAUGAUGGACUUUUCCCACUCCUUCCUGCUCGUCUUCAGAGUUCUCAGUGGCGAGUGGAUUGAAUGCAUGUGGGAUUGCAUGAAGAUCUCCAACAAGGGCCUUUGUGUCAUCUACUACAUGGCUGUUGUGCUUAUCGGAAACAUCCUGGUGUUGAAUUUGUUUCUCCAUCUGUUCUUGAGCCCAUUCUGUACUAAUAAACCAGGCUCUGCAGCAGGACAAGGACCAAAUAAACGUCAUGCUGGAUCCUGGAUCCUGGAGUCUUUCAGGGCUCUAACAGGUAAAAGGACCCAUGCUAACACCGAUCAGAAAGUUGAGUCAAAGAACAAAGACAGACAGGACUAUCUGGCUUUAACGCCCGUCAGCUCGGGCCAGCCUUCACUUAGACAUCACAGUAAUGACUCAGUCAAAGACUCGAGCGUGGUGGAACUCAGCAGAUCUCCUGGGAACAUCUUUAAAAUCCAAGCUGACACAAACAAUGAAGAGAAGAAGCAGAAUCAUGGUGAUGUGCAGGAGCUUCAGGACAACAAAAGUCAGACAGAAAACUCACCUGGAGAUUGCUGCUGUGCAAUUUGUUACAACUGCUGUCCGAUCCAGGAUAUAGACACAUCCAAAGGAGCAGGGAGGGGGUGGUAUAAGUUCAGGAAGGCAUGUCUCCUCAUCGUACAACACAGAUUAUUUGAAAUCUUCAUCAUCUUCAUCGUCCUGCUGAGCAGCGCCGCUUUGGCGUUAGAAGACACAAUGCUGUUCCACCGUCCAGUCCUGCAGAUGGUUCUGGACAAAGCAGACCAGGUGUUCACCUUCCUGUUCCUGAUGGAGAUGCUUCUCAAGUGGACUGCUUUUGGAUUCAAGAAAUACUUCAGCAGCUUUUGGUGCUGGCUCGACUUUCUCAUCUUAGACGUGUCUCUGUUCAGCUCGGUUUGUGUCAUGCUGGGACACUCCGCUGCAUACCUGAGGACCCUGAGGGCGCUGAGGACCUUGAGGGUCCCGUCUCGCUUCAAAGGCACGAGGGCGGUGCUUCGGGUCAUGGCGGCCACUGCGCCCUCCAUGUGCAACUCUCUGCUGGUCGUUCUGUUUGUCUGGCUGAUCUUCAGCAUCCUGGGAGUGAACUUGUUUGCAGGAAGGUUCGCUUACUGUUCCAACCACACAGACGGCAUAAUCUUUGAAGUGAACAACAAGAUGCAGUGUUAUGAGCUCGUUGGCAGCAGCCCCACAGAAGUCUACUGGAAAUACACUGAGUUUAACUUUGACCAUGUGGGGAUGGGUUUACUUUCGCUCCUGAUCAUGGCCACAUCAGCAGACUGGAAAGAAAUCAUCUACUCCGCUGUGGACUCCACAGAGGUGGACAUUCAGCCCGUACAUGAGUCCAGACCGGUCAUGUACCUGUACUUUGUCCUUUUCAUCAUUUUUGGCUGCUUCUUCAGCGCCAACCUCUUCAUCAGGUUCUUUGUCGACGCUCUCCAUCAGCUGAGCAACAAGGCUGGAGGUAAACAUGUUUUCAUGACGGAGGAGCAGCUGAAGUUUCACGGCACCGUCAGGAAGAUGUUCUCCAAGUCACCUGAGAAAUCUGCUCCACGCCCAACGAACCGGUUUCAGGCUCGGCUCUUCGACCUGGUGACCGCUCCGCUGUUUGAGAUCCUGGUGGUGGUGCUGAUCUGUGUGAACGUGGUAGUGAUGAUGAUGGAGUCAGACGAUCUGUCUGAGCAAGGCCAAGAGGUUUUGAUGUGGUUUUUGUACAUCUUCUUAAUUCUCUACUGCAUCGAGUUCUUCCUGAAGAUCACUGCUCUCAGACGGCACUACUUCAGCUUCGGCCUGAACAUCCUGGACUUUGUAGUCCUCAUCUUUAUGAUCUUAGGCUUGUUCAUCAGUGAUUUGUUGGCGCACUAUUUUGUCAGCCCGGCUGCCUUGUUUCUUCUUCGGUUGGCUCGCAUCAGCAGAGUCCUCCCCUUCUUCCGUUUGGGUAGAAGGAUACAGAUGCUGCUCACUGGCUUCAUGAUGUCUCUUCCUGCCCUCAUGAACAUCGGGCUCCUCUUCCUCCUUGUGGUGUACACCUAUUCCUUUGUUGGGACGCGUAUUUUUUACAUGAUCAACUUUGGGACAAUUGGGGACAGCAUGAUCAGUAUGAUUCUCUUCAGCCUGUCUCCUACCUGGUCCCUUCUGGUGAGGAAUAGCACGAAAUAUUCUCCACCCACAGUCAUCCCACUCGGGUACUGGGCCAACCUAUCGGCAGGCGUCGUCUUCUUCUGCUCCUACGUCCUGCUGCACCUCCUGCUGGUGGUCCACCUCUUCAUUGCUGUCAUCCUGGAGAGUUUCAACAGCAGGGAAGCAGAAGACGCCGUUCUUCUGCAGAUGUUUUACAACACCUGGAGAAAGUUUGAUCCUGAAGCCUCACAGGUCAUACAGUACAGUGAGCUGUCAGAUUUUUGCGAUGCGCUCCAGGAUCCGCUGAGGAUUCCUAAGCCAAACAACAUCCGGCUGAUCAACAUGGAUCUGCCUCUGCUCCCGGGAGACCAGAUCUGCUGCCUGGAUGUCCUGAAAGCACUCAUGACUCAGACAUUUGGUGAAGAGAGAGAAAUGGAAUCUCUUAAAGACCAGCUGGAGAAGAAAUUCACCGGAAACAAUAGAACACAGGUGUCUCAUGAACCAAUCAGCAGCACCCUGAAGAGGAAACAGGAAGAGGUAGCAGCAGCAGUGAUCCAGAGAGCGUUCCGGAAGCACCAGGCGCAGAAUGGAGCUCCAGACCAGCCUGAGGACAAAACCACAGGCGUGUCGGCGUCUUCCCAAUGAGCACUUGACGACUUCUCCUGUCCGAGAAAUGUUUGGAGAGAAACUUUCCAACUGGGAUGGUCGUCCUCUGUGCUGUUGUCCUGAUGGAAGUCUCCCUGUUCCAGUUUCUACUAAUGCUGUUAUCGGGAAUGUGUGACAUUUUCCACUUCUCCAUUUGGGUUUACUUUGAUUAGCUCACAUCAUGCUUCCCUCACAACAGGAAGUGAAAAUACUUCUCAUGUAAUCUUAUGUUUUUCUAACACGUUCUGGGCCUAAAACUGACCUUUUGUCAGUAACUAACAGACUAACUCACAUCUGAUGAUCAGCUGAUCUGAACACAAACCAGCUACCAGCAGAACCUCUGGAGGCAGAGUUACUGAUCUUACAAAAGCAAGAGCUAGAGUUAAACACAUUAAGCUUCAUACCUGAACAUUACAAAAAAUACAUAUUUACCAAACUGCUAGGAUUUUUACUACAUUAUGCUUCUGUUUAGUUUAUAAAAACAGAAAGCAAUAAACAUGAAUAUGAAACUA